UUUCCAGACACGGUGCCUUGUAGGAUUCCUGGUCACACUGCACUGCAGCAAUGAAAGCAAAGCCCAUCGAGAUCAAUUGGCAUGACAGGGAGGCUGUAUAUUCUGUAGAUUUCUCACCAAACAGCAAUCGAGUGGUCACUGCUGGCGCAGAUGGCACAGUUCGGAUAUGGAGCAUCGUCCAAAGGGCUCAAUCAGCAGCUGUUAGUGAAUUAUCCACAUCAGCCAACACUAAUAUGCCUGUGGAAGUAGAUUUUCUUUCAGAACUAAAACGGCAUACUGCCCCUGUGAAUGUGGCUCGCUUCUCACCAUCUGGUCUAUAUAUCGCUUCGGCUGGGGAUGAUACCAACGUUAUUAUUUGGAAGCCCACCGACGUGAAACAAGUUACAUUUGGAAGUGGAAAUGCUGAUUACGAAAAGGAAUCUUGGGUAGCGCAUGCAAUACUGAGAGGACAUACCAAAGAGAUUUAUGACCUGGCAUGGUCACCGUGUGGACGGUACUUUAUAACUGGAGCUAUUGAUAACACUGCUUGUGUCUGGAAUUUGGAAGAGAAAAAAUGUAUAAAGGUGUUGGCAGACCACACACAUUAUGUACAAGGAGUUGCUUGGGAUCCACUAGGAAAGUAUAUCGCAACUCAGAGUAGCGACAGGUCCGUGGCAAUGUAUAAAUGUACAAAUGAUAAUCAUGGCAAUCUCGUCAUUGGAAGCUGCGCUAAAAAGCAUUAUAAACUUGAUCGGUCAAAAUUGCUAUCAAACAUCGCGAAGGGCAUGCAAGAAGACAAUGUAACAAACCUACCAUCGACGACAGCGCCAGCAACCAGCGGUCAAACCUUUCGAUUGUUUCAAGAUGAAAAUCUUGUAUCCUUUUUCAGACGACUAGCGUUUAGUAAUGAUGGAGCACUUCUCAUCACCCCGGCUGGACUUUACAAACAGACGAAUGAUGAUAAUGUAGCGGAUAUGGAUACAGAUGAUACUUCAAGCCAUGGCGGCGAUGGCGCAGCAAACAAUGAUACGCAAAACACUAUCUACGUUUACGCAAGAAAUACAGUCACACAACAGCCUGUUGCAUUUUUUGGAAAUUAUAGCAAGGCUGCUAUAGCAGUAAAGUACAGCCCUGUUAAAUACCAACUUCGCUCUAAACGCGGGAUCGUUAAACCAAGUCAAUUCGCAUUACCAUAUCGUAUGGUGUUUGCCGUAGCGACACAAGAUGCCGUCUUUGUCUAUGAUACCCAGCAGAGUAAACCACUUUGCAUGCUCUCUGGCAUGCACUACGCUUCCAUCACUGAUAUUAGCUGGUCAUCUGAUGGAAAUGUUUUAAUGCUAACGUCCAAUGAUGGCUACUGCUCAGUUGCUGUGUAUGACAAGGAAGAACUCGGGAUACCAUAUGAAGGAGAAUCAGCUAGACCUGCAGGAGACAUGCUCGAAAAAAUGCCAAUCGUACAGGAGCCACCACAGAUCAAGACUGCUGAGCAGCCGCGACCUUUGACCGCUUUAGACACUUGGGCCCGCAAAGUCGAAUCACCUACCAUAGCGCCUGCUACUAGUCCUAGUCGAGACAAUAAGCGACCUAUGGCUGCCGCACCAGCAGAAGCUAAACCAGGCGAAAAUUCACAGCAAAAGAAAAAACGAAGGAUUGCCCCGACACUGAUAAGUAGUUUGUAGUGCUACAGUACAAGGAAAAAUAGCUUGUAUUAUUUUAUUAGCGCUUCCUUUAGUAUAAUAGUAAAAGAUAUUGGUUGGAUAAACCAUAUUUGUUUCUUGGGCAAAGAUGAAACAGCAUGAAGAAAAGACCAUGCUGGUAGUACAGUGCUUGAUACGCCACGCCCAAACU